AUGGCUCUGUGUGGAGCGAUGGCGGCGUACAGCGGAGGAUCGUCAGCUGUGGCCCAUCAUCACCACCAGCUGCAGCACCUGCCGGCACCUCACCUGCAGCACCACCACGCUCCACAGCACCCCCUGCAGGCCCCGGUGUCCGCUGCAGCCGUCCACUCGCUGCAGCAGCAUGCGUCCACAGGGGGCGCUGCCAUCAUGCUGAACCCUGGACAGCAGCAGUCGUACUUCCCCUCUCCUGCCCCGGGGCAGGCUCCGGGCCCCGCGGCCGCAGCUGCCCCAGCGCAGGUGCAGGCAGCUGCGGUCAAAGCUCAUCAUCAUCAUCAUCAUCAUCAUCACCAGCACCUGCAGCCACAGCUGGACAUCGAGCCCGACCGCCCCAUCGGCUACGGGGCCUUUGGGGUCGUCUGGUCGGUGACGGAUCCUCGAGACGGGAAAAGAGUGGCCCUCAAAAAGAUGCCCAACGUCUUCCAAAACCUGGUGUCCUGUAAAAGAGUGUUCCGGGAGCUCAAGAUGCUCUGCUUCUUCAAACACGAGAACGUUCUCUCGGCGCUGGACAUUCUCCAACCUCCGCACAUCGACUACUUUGAGGAGAUAUAUGUGGUGACUGAACUGAUGCAAAGCGACCUCCAUAAAAUCAUCGUGUCUCCGCAGCCGCUGAGCUCGGACCACGCCAAAGUGUUCCUCUACCAGAUCCUCCGAGGUCUCAAAUAUCUCCAUUCUGCUGGUAUUCUACAUCGAGACAUCAAACCUGGCAACCUGCUUGUCAACAGCAACUGUGUCCUCAAGAUCUGCGACUUUGGCCUGGCCCGCGUGGAGGAGACCGACGAGUCCCGGCACAUGACCCAGGAGGUGGUCACGCAGUAUUACCGCGCUCCGGAGAUCCUGAUGGGAAGUCGUCACUAUGGCAACUCCAUCGACAUCUGGAGCGUGGGCUGCAUCUUCGCCGAGCUGCUGGGACGGAGGAUCCUCUUCCAGGCCCAGAGUCCGAUCCAGCAGCUGGACCUGAUCACAGACCUGCUGGGGACGCCCUCCCUGGAGGCCAUGAGGACGUCCUGUGAAGGGGCCAGAGCACACAUCCUCAGAGGACCUCACAAGCAGCCGUCGUUGCCGGUCCUCUACACGCUGUCGAGCCAAGCAACCCACGAAGCAGUGCACCUCCUCUGCCGCAUGCUGGUGUUCGACCCGUCGAAGCGGAUCUCAGCGAAGGACGCCCUGGCCCACCCGUACCUGGACGAGGGCCGGCUGCGGUACCACACCUGCAUGUGCAAAUGCUGCUACACAACUUCCUCCGGCCGCGUCUACACCAGCGACUUCGAGCCCGUCACAAACCCAAAGUUCGACGACGGCUUCGAGAAAAACCUCAGCUCCGUUCGCCAAGUCAAAGAAAUCAUCCAUCAGUUCAUCCUGGAGCAGCAGAAAGGAAGCCGAGUCCCUCUCUGCAUCAACCCCCAGUCUGCCGCCUUCAAGAGCUUCAUCAGCUCCACGGUGGCACAGCCGUCUGAGAUGCCUCCGUCUCCGCUGGUCUGGGAAUGA